GUCAUAACAAACGCGUUUGAUCCUUCACCAACCAUUCCAAUAAAGUAGUUAUCGAUCAAAAGUCUCCCCGUUCAUUUUCUCAUAGAUUUUUCAAGUCUCAUCAUCAUCAACAUCAAGUAAUAAUAAGCAUAUGGAUACUUAUGCUAAUACCACUCUCUGGGAUUGUGGAAGUACACUCUAUGACUCUUUCGAGCUCAAAUCCUUUAAUCUCCGACUCAACUCCGCCAUAGCUAAUUCCCCCAGAACCCUAUCUAUGUCUUGUUUACCGGAGCGUCGAGCUCCCAUAAUUCAGCCACAGCCACACUCCUCCAAGAAGCCAUUCAAUAUCUCUCGUUCUUUACAUAAACUGCUUCGCUCGGUUUUCAAGCUCAACAAUAACAACAACAACAACAACAAUAAUAGCAAUAAAUCUAUGGUGUCUACUAGCUCAAUGAUCAGCAGCAGUUUCGUGCAGGUGCCGGAGAAAUACUCGAAUGAUAAUAAAGAGCGUUUCUACGUGGUUUAUGAUAAGUCUGGUGGACCUGUUCUUUCCACCAUUCCCGAAGUUCCGGAGUUUGAGAUCGCUGCUAGCGCUGCACUUUCAUCAUCGGAGGAGAUCUCUUCUUCCUUCGUCUCACGGUCAGCUUCGGAGCGGUUCGCCGCCACCACCGCAAUCGGUAUUUCGUGCCCUUAGGACAAAUUAAACUAAAAACAAGACUUUAUCUAUUAAUAAUCUUUGAUUGUCUCUUUUAUUUUCAUUAAUAUAGAUGUUAUUUAAUAGUUUAAUUAUAUUAUUACUGUUAGAGUCAACGUAACUUUAUCAUAUCAGUUUGGAUUAGGUUUUUUUAGAUUCGUAUAGUAGAUAUAUGUCAAUUGGCGUGUGAGAGGUAAUUAAGUAUUUGUUUCUCUAUAAUUCUGAUGGUUCACGCGAUGCAAUAUUUAUUUGUUAUUUCAUGUUACAACGUUGAAUAAUUGAACUCACGUUGGAGUUGGAGUUGUAAUAGUAGUAGCAGGGGUAGUAGCUUGAACUUGUACUUUUAGUAAUUAAUUGACACUUCUCAUAAAAAGAUACACGACUACUUGUCGUGGUUCAAUU